CGUCAGGGAUGAGGGCGAGCACCCUAUCCCGGUCUCCGGACCUUUUACCAAGUCUAGCACAUAAUCUCUCAAAGAAAAGUCUAGCACAUAACAUAGUGCGUUCAUAUUCUUCUUCUCUAUAUAAAGGGGAUAAUACUUGUUCCCCGCACUGAAACUAAGGUAGAAUCGAGUCUAGAACCGCUGGUUAACAUCGUGUGUGUGCUGGUUUGCAUACACAUGCAUUUUUCUAGGUGGCUGAAGCACAUUGAGGAGAUCUGCUGAAUUUUUUUUCUCCUUCUGCAGGAUGUUCUCCGUGGCAUACUGUCGCGGUUGACAUUGAAAGAAGCAGUGCAGAUGAGCAUACUUUCCAGGAAGUGGAGGCGGCUUUGGAAAUGCUACCCAAAGCUAGUAUUCACUAGAGCCACAAUGCGCAGCAGUGAUGCCAUGGCAGGCCACCAAAAGCCCUUGCGAACAAGGUUUAUCAGGGGUAUCAACAGCGUAACGCGACAGCUAAAGUCAGUUAACCUGAAUAAGUUUGUGGUUAAGUUUGCGCUUCGCAAAAGGCAUACACCUCACAUUGAUAGAUGGAUCAACUUUUCUGCCAAGUCAAGAACGAAACACGUUGUUCUUGAUUUGUGUCCAAGACGGAGAUUCAGUGCCGACACAGAUGACAGAUACAGUUUCCCACUGCAUCUUUUCAAUGCGUCCAGUGGUUCUUGUGUCAAAUCUCUUCGUCUAGGAUACGUCUAUUUAACACUGUCUCCUGAUCUCGGUGGAUUUUCAAACCUUAAGAAGCUUUCUCUUCAUAAGGUGCAGUUCUGUAGCCUGACAAAGUUGGAUAUCCAGGCUCCAAACCUCACCACAUUUGUGUUUGAUGAUUAUAUGAUACCUAUUGUGCUUGGUGAACCUCUAAAGAUUUCGGAGGCGACAAUCAGCUUGUUCGCGUCCUCUGACUGUUUCAACUAUGUCUUCAGAGAUCUUGUCAAUGCUCUCUCGCAUGUUCAAUCUCUCUCCAUAAGUUUCGGACUUGAAACCGAGGUGACAAGGUUUGUGAAAAGUCCAACCAGGCUCACCAAUCUGAGACAUCUGGUCUUGAAGAUUGAUAUCUCUGGGAAGGCAGAAACGGCUGGUGAACUUCUUCGAUUGACUUACCUUUUGGAGUUAGCCCCUGUUUUGGAAGAGUUGGUACUCAAUAUGUCUAGUUUUACCUCAGCAAACCACGUCCAAGAAUUGAGUGAAGAUGUCUAUCAGCCACAUCCACACAGUCAUCUCAAGACUGUCCAUAUGACAGGGUUCUACGGAUUACGUGGUCAACUUGAGCUGGCCCGCUAUCUACUUCGGAACGCGACUUCUCUCAACCGUAUGAUUAUAGAUCCGAUGGUGAGGAACCACUGGCAUAUUCCUCCUAUGGUAGUAGCAAAGGUGAACAUGGAAAUUGGUGAGUGGGCGGCCAUUAGUUUACUUUGGACGAAGGAAUUCAGAGGGGUCCUUUCCAUUCUGUAAAAAGGGAAGAGGAAACUAAGUUGCAAGUCUGUUUAUUUAUCUAUCUGUUCAAGGUAGGGAGAGAGCAAUUGAUGUUCGAUGGCCAGAUCUCAGAAGGGUCAACACCAACAUCAGUCUAGAUAAAGAGGAAGCUAAAUCAAAUGCAUAUUUGUU